CUCUGCUAACAUAACAUUAUUUUAUUAUAACCCAACAUAGAUUUAUUUUAACAAACGUAACAGACUUUUUUUUUUUUUGGAAUCACAAAAUGGGGUCGAAUAUUGUUGAUAUGUUUAAUAGUGGUACGGUUUUAAUAACCGGAAGCACAGGAUUUCUAGGAAAACUUCUUACGGAAAAGUUACUGCGGUCUUGCAAAGGAACAACAAAUAUUGCUAUUAUAGUAAGAAGUAAAAAAGGUUUGACGGCUGAACAAAGGGCCACAAAUAUGUACAAUGAAAAAAUGUUCGAUCGGUUACGAAAAGAAAGGCCAAACUUCACGAAUUAUAUUAAAGUUAUUGAUGGAGAAUUGACGGCAUUUUCGUUAGGUCUAUCAACCGUUGAUCAUGACUGGCUUGUGAAAAAUGUUAAUUAUAUUUUUCAUUGUGCUGCCACUUUAAGAUUCGACGAACCUAUUGAAGUUGCAACUAAAGUUAACAUCGAAGGAACUGAACAACUUUUGAACAUAGCUACACAAAUGGAAGCGCUGAAGGGAUUCGUUCAUGUAUCUACUGCUUAUUCGCAUUGUCAUAAAACUGAAAUUAAAGAACAGUUUUAUCCUACUCCAAUUUCAGCAAGUGAACUAAAACAGAAAAUAAAACUUAACAGUCUAUCAUCCGACAUUGCAAAAGACUGGCCUAAUACGUAUACUUUUACAAAAGCUGUCACUGAAAAUUUGAUUCUAUCAUUUGAUAAACGGUUGCCAAUCGCAGUGUUUCGUCCAUCAAUAGUUGGUAGCACAUAUUUGGAACCGGACCCUGGGCACUUAGAAAAUAUGAACGGCCCAUCAGGGGUAUUUGCUGGAAUUAUAGUAGGAUUUCUCAGAGUAUUCCCAAUAAAAACAGAAAAAAUAACAGAUUUAAUACCCGCAGACUACACAGUGAAUGCUUUGAUAUCAACGAUGUGGGAUACAGUGAACAGGUUCAAAAAUUCAAACCCAGAGAAACCAAAAAUAUUCAAUUAUGUGUCAUCUGCUGAAAGCCCAUUAGCAUGGGAACAGCUCAUAAAUGGAAUUUUUAAUUCCUACAAAGUUGCACCACCAAUUAGUGCUACAUGGUAUUACUGUUUCACUACUUACACUCAUAAUUGGUUUGGAAUCAUAUUAAGGCUACUUAUACAUCGUAUACCUGCUAUAGUCUUUGAUUUUAUACUUAUUUUGAUGUCGAAAAAACCGAAAUUUUGGAAACUGUAUGACAAAACAGGGAAGAUAAUGCAUUUACUUAGACCAUUUACCCUGAAUGAAUGGAAAUUUUAUAAUAAUAAUACACGAGAAUUAUGGUGUUCACUAAGCCAGGAGGACCAACAAUUAUUUCCGUUUAGUAUGCACAACUUUGAUUGGAAUGAUUAUACUAAAGUGUUUUAUUACGGAAUCCGUAAACAUAUUCUCCACGAAGAAGCCGAUAACAUUUCUAUGGCUUUAAAGAAAAAUCAGAAACUGUUCUGGUUGAAACAAGUUUUCAUAUUUUCAAUUGCCUAUAUUGUGUUAAGAAUACUUUGGAACCAUUUGUUUAUUUCGAAAUAAGUGUUAUUUUUUUUAGAUUUACGUACAAUAAAGUUCGAUCACUUUAUAUACAUGGUAUGGCGCCAAUAAAACAAGACAAAUAUCCGAUAAAAUACAUAAUCAAGCCUUCCUACGCCUUCAAAUAUGAUCCAAUUAGAAAGAUUAAACCGGUUCUGGACCGUCAUACAAUA